AUAACAGAUGACAUGAAAUAACCAAACCAUGGCUUGAUAGCGGUUAUCAAACAAUAUUGCGUAAAACAAUAAAUUAUUAGUAAGAGGUCUAAGUGAUAUGUUUGGAACAAAAAUAACAGAAAGUGGAAUUUUACGAGAAAUUAAUGUUAUAAUAGGCGUGUAUUACAAUGUUUAUCACACGUUUGUGCGAUUAACAGUAAAUGCGUCGUAUUGUAGUCUUUCUUGUGUGUUUAAGGACAAGGAAAACAUUCUAUGCAACACGAUGGACACAGGUGGUUUUAAUUUAGGUGAUUCCAUGUAACCUCAAGGACAAUGCAAGUAGUACACAACGCAGCCGAUGUAUAGAGACACAGGAGUAAGCCAACAUGGCUAAAUUGAAGAAACCAGCCAGAAGGGAACAGAAAACGUACCCGUCUCGUGAAACAACAUGUGCAAAACAAAAGCCUAGACGUGCUGUAAUUCAAAGACGUUUAGUCACCAGAGUGCAUAAAAAUACGCGAAAAGAUGCCAUCGGACAGUCAAAUCUAUUUCAGAGUAAAAAAGAUGCUGGUGUUAAAGACAAAAAUAAAACCCGGCAAGAAUCAUACAUUUCAAAGAGUAUUUUGUUGUCGACGGAACUAGCACAUAUUGGUUACAACGACAUAAACAGAAAAACAGCGAAAGAGUUUAAUACAACACUAUAUGACUGCAGAAACAUACUUGAAAAGGCCCAGAAUAAAGGAACUCCAAGGUGCUACAUAAGCGUCGGAAGCCAGAUAGAAUGCACUAACCUGACUGACUCGGACGAUGAUGUCCUAUUUGGACCAUCCGCUGAAUAUGUUGUUGCAAUUAACAACAUCAAAGAUGUCCUUGAUAAUCGAAUAAAUAUACUGAUGGUCAAACAUGAAACCUCGCCUCCUGCCCAUGUAUGGAUGAAAAUGUUAGGUACAUAUAAGUGUGUCCGUUCAAUAGACGACAUGCUUCAAUUAGAAGGAAGACAGAUGUGGGCGAGUAAGGCAUCUAGAACGGGGCCCUCUUUCUCAAGCAACAGUUCCGACGUUGUCCGUCCAAUAUUUUGCGACAAUGUCUACCCUAGGGAUCAAGAUCCAUUUACUUUCGGAGGGAACCUCUUCGGCAAUCUCCAUGUACCAAAGGAAUAUCCUUGCAAUUUAGUCCCUGUUGGCCAUCCAGAAAGUGAAGAUGCAUUUUUGGAAUGGCGAAUUUCGUACAAUCUGACGGAAAGAGAAAUCAUGUUUAGAUUAAAUAUCACAUAUAUUCAAACAUACGUUGUGCUGAAGAUGUUACAGAGAUCCUAUUUCAAACACUUUGUCGGGGAAGGUUUUACAAGUUUUCUGCUCUGUUUUACGUGGUAGCUACUACUGAGAAAACCAUUUGUGUAAAGAGUAAUUUGAUAAACUGUGUUCGACAAUGUCUGAACAUGAUUCGCUUAUUCGCAAAGACAAAAUUCUGUCCACAUUUCUUCAACAAAUCGUUUAACCUUUUCAGUGGAAAACUUCCACGAUGUGGAAAACAUUGGGAAAUGUUGAUAGAACUUGCUGAUUGGUUGAGCCAAAAUACAAACACGUAUUUUACACAAGUAAAAACAGAAAAAAAUAAGCAUUUACAAAUUGAAAAUCUUUCAAACGGAGGUACUGAUUUCGUUUUGAAGUGCAUAUGUCUUGUUGAACAAGUAAACAAAGGUAAAACACCUUUUGUUAUCUUACACCUGGUAAUCUUGGGGACCUUGCUCCACACGUAAGACCAGAUGCUAUUCGAAGUAUGUGCGCUAAAUACAAGACUCUUCAGAGGAAAAUAAAAGAGGGGAUCGACGUGUCGCAAGCAGGUCAUCAGAAGGAAUGCGUUAAUGUCGUGCUCUCGUUUGUGAAAGUAAGACAGAACCAGGAAAACAAAUGGAUCACCUUUAACUGAUAAUGUAUUACCUGACGCUUUGUCCAUGGAAUUACAAGUGUCCUCCCUUAUGUUUGCAAAUGGCAAAUAUGAAAUGGCUCGAACUCUCUUGGAACGCGUUUUUCUGAAAAUUAUCAGUGAUCCCAUUAUCUUUGUGACUCGUCAUGACCAUGUUAAGUUUGUAUCAUAUAAUGACUAUUUGGAAUUUAUCAAUCGAUACAGCGGACCAUAUCCGAUCACUCAAAUACUCGCAUGGACAUUUAUAAAGCGGCAUGUAGCUCUUGAAGUUAUGUUUCACGUGCAUGAACUAUGCCUUUUGCAUCCACUUUUGCGGUUUGAAGCAUAUCGGUUUUUGUUCGAGGAUAGGAGAGACAUGUGUAGCGUUGAUGACAAGUGGGCGUGUGUUGCUUGUUUUGAUUCCAUUCCAUUUCUGUUUUUCAUGCAAUACCUUGUCUACAAAGAGUUAAGACUUGAGGAACAGAAACACGAGGCUCUCGUGCGUUUAGAAGUGUGCAUUGACUAUUCCUCCAUGUCAGAGCGGCAAAUUGCAAUGAACAUGUUCGGUAUCUGCUGCAAGCUGGAAUGGAAUUAUAUCAAAGCAGUUCGUUACUACGCAAAAUCAUUAAAAAUGCAGCCUCGAUUUAAAAUUAGUGCAAAAUUCCAUAUUGCACUCGUAGUAUGGCGAAUGUGGGUCAAGCACAAUGUAGAGUUAUUGCAAGCCAAUGACUGUGAUCGCAGGAUAGUGGAUGAUGUAUCCGGGAUGAGGGGGGCUGGGGGAGGUAUAACACACUAGUAAUGUGUUCAGUUAAACGCAGUCAUAUCCAUGCUGUUGCUAGGGAUAUCAUAUAGCUAGCUAUAACAAAACGAAGGUAAAAAAUACACAUACAUGUAUUUAUGAAAUGAAUAACGAUGCUGGUGUAAACGAUGGAAGGCGGUGUAAAGAUAAUGACUUAAAAUAACAAUGGUGUUAUUAGCGAUAAAUUGGUAAAAAGGAAAUGACUUGAAUUAAUAAAAAUGCUGUUGUUAGCGAUGGAAAAACAGAAAUAAACAAAUAAUCAUGGCGUUCUUUGCUAAGAAUUACUAAGAACAGGAAUAUCGUAUAUUUUUACAGCCACACGAAAUCUAGCAACACACGAUUGACAUUCCGAAAUAUAUAGAGUUUCAAAAUAUCGAAGAAACGGUAUGCAUAUAUCGAAACAUGAACGUUACAAGAGUUUGAACGUUUGCUAUGUUUUUAUUUACAUAAUUUUGAAAUGUAUGCUUUUUGUCUUUUUUUGUUAAGCGUAAAUGUGCUUUUUGUGAUUUUUCGACAAAAACAAUUCUAGUUUGUGGUCUGAAUGCAAACUGUUUCCAUUAAAAUGAUAUAAAGUUAUUUAAUUUGCAUGCAUAAUGUUAUGAGCAUAUGUAUACUGUAUAUCAUGUUGAAACUCUGAACAAAGCAAAUACCCACU